CAAAAGGCGAGACAGUCCGCCUCUCUGAUUGAACCCGAGUGAGCAGGGCCGGGGCAGGGCUGCAGGAAAAACACAAUCCAUGCACGAUAUUCAGAUGUGAAAAAUAAACGGGAUUUGCUCGUCGUCAGCACUCGGGGAAGUCAGUAAAUGCUCUGCUGGCCUGGGACGGUCGCAAUAUUCACAUCUAUCCUGAAGGAUGUCCCAGUAUACAGACGAGCCGCGCUUCACCAUCGAGCAGAUUGAUCUGCUGCAGCGGCUACGGCGGAGCGGCAUGACCAAGCCCGAGAUAGUUCAUGCACUGGACACACUGGAGCGUCUCGACCGAGAGCACGGAGACAAGUUUGGGCGCCGUGGCUCCGCCUCCUCCUCCUGUGGCCCUGCUCCCUCUGGAUCUGACCCCGCCCCCUCACAUGGCACCAAUGAAAGCUCCACCUCCCACAUGGCCGUGUCUACUGCCACCACCGCCACGCAGACUCAGUUCCUCUCCCCGUCACCGAGCAACAGCUACGCCACCUCACCACCCGUCUCACUGGUCGCUGUUACGCAAAACGGGUCAGCCAACGGGAAACUGUCUCCACCCCGUUAUCAGGCAGGAAACACUGCGGCAGCCGUGGCGGUGAGGCCGUAUGGGUUUGAUGGGACGGAGGAAGAGAUGGAUGUUGACGACAAGGUCGAGGACUUGAUGAGGAGGGACAGCAGUUUGGUGAAAGAGGAGAUCAAGGCUUUUCUGGCUAACCGGCGCAUCUCUCAGGCAGUUGUGGCCCAGGUCACAGGAAUCAGUCAGAGUCGGAUCUCCCACUGGCUCCUGCAGCAGGGAUCUGAUCUGAGUGAGCAAAAGAAACGAGCCUUUUAUCGCUGGUACCAGCUGGAAAAGACCACUCCAGGUGCCACUCUGAACAUGCGUCCUGCCCCCAUGACUCUGGAUGAGAUUGAGUGGCGUCAGACUCCGCCCCCAAUAAGUUCAGCCACAGGCAGCUUCCGCCUACGCAGAGGCAGCCGCUUCACCUGGAGGAAAGAGUGUCUUGCUGUGAUGGAGAGCUACUUCAACGACAACCAGUAUCCUGAUGAAGCCAAAAGAGAGGAGAUCGCUAAUGCAUGCAACGCAGUCAUACAAAAGCCGGGGAAAAAGCUGUCCGAUUUUGAGCGAGUGACGUCCUUGAAGGUCUACAACUGGUUUGCUAACCGUCGCAAAGAGAUCAAGAGGAGGGCCAACAUUGGGUCUUUUUUCCAAGAAGCCACAAUCCUGGAGAGUCACGGAAUCGACGUGCAGAGUCCUGGCGGCCACUCCAACAGCGACGACAUCGAUGGCAACGACUACACUGAGCAGGCUUGUGAUUUGCCCUACUUUGAGAAGAGACAGUUGGCCCGGCCGUUCGGUUUCUACAGGCUCGAGCCGACAUCACCGACCCAGGAUGACAGCACGAACAAUGCAGACCAUCAGGAUCCCAUCUCCCUUGCUGUGGAGAUGGCAGCUGUCAAUCACAGCAUCUUGGCCCUGUCUCGCCCAGGGGGUGUGGCCAGCGAUAUUAAAACGGAGGCGCUGGAUGACGACUGAGGGAGGGCCUUCUGGAAGGAGCUGCGUGUGUGUGUGCGUGCGUGUGUGUGUGGCGAAAUGGAUGCGUGCUGUAUUGUUUCCAGAGCGGAGGUGGACUCUUGUGAUGACUCCAUGCUCAGACGUGGGUCACUCUCUUCCUCUGCAUCCUCUCAUUACACUGUAUCUGAAAAUGGCCAUCUAGUCCAGGUUUUAUUCCUCAGCCUGGGACUGUGUUAAAAACAAAAACAAACAAAACAAAAACACGAAGGUCCUCCUCAUGUUUUCUGGAAUCUUCCACAGUGUGGGGCCGUCCUUUCUUUAACCCGACCCCAACCUUUACCUCAUUCCGCUCCAGGAGUGUGUCGUGCUUUUUGCGUCUCAUCCCUCAUCGGUGCUUCCUGGAAGUGGCGUCGUCUUUUUCCCGCUGACGUGCAGGAGCUUUUUGCGGACAUUUCUAACGUCAGCGUGUGCAGGUGAGCGCGUGUGUGUGUGUGUGAAGAGUGUGUGCUGCACACCGGACUUCUGCAUUGACUGACAGCUGUGUGUAUUUAGGCGCUUGAACACUUUUAUUCCCUCUGAAAGUCAGUUUUAUUUUUAUUAUUACUAUAAUUAUUACAUUUUUAUUUUAAAAUUUAUUUUUAUUUUUUUUGUUGUUCUGGAAGGAGGUGAACUGAAAUCUAACCGAGCAAAGUUGAAACUAAUAAGAUACGGUUUUCAAAAAUGCCAAAGGAUGGAAACUUAAGUCCCCUGGACUAUAAAGCAACGGUCAGCUGAAAGCCUCUAAACACAAAAUGACUGUAUUUUCUGGACUAUAAGGUGUUGGUUACUGGAACCCCUUCAAAUAACCUCGCAGCAGAAGAUUUCCCAUUACAGAGCGCGUUCCUCGAACUUUUUUGUAGUACCCUAGACUGUUAUUUUUGUUACAGAUACAGAAUUUACUGUUCUAUUACGCAUAUCCGUGGAACUGGCAGGUUAGGGAACUUUAGGGGCUUUGGAAAUGGUAGCCAUGCAUCAUGUACAUGACUUGUUUAUUAGCUACUGAAUUAAAGGUGUUCCUCAAACUAGCACCCACAGGGGUAGAACCCUCCAGUCCAGAAGAUCCAGUGAUGGUGUUUCUAAUUUUUAUUGUCGAGCUUCACCCAAAGUGGAUUGGAGUAAAUCCUUUCUUGA